AUGAAGGCAGUACUGCAACGUGUACUUUCAAGCUCCGUCACCGUCAAUGAUCAGGUUGUCUCAGCCAUCGGCAAGGGCGUCCUGGUCCUGGCUGCCAUUGGGCCCCAUGACUCCAAGAAAGAUGUAGAGUCGAUGGCUGCCAAAGUCCUCAAAAUGAAGCUGUGGCCGGAUGAAAGCGGCGCCAGCUGGAAGAACAGUGUUCAGGACAUCGAAGGGGAGAUCCUCUGUGUGUCUCAGUUCACCCUGUUCGCUUCGACCAAGAAAGGCAACAAACCGGACUUCCAUGGUGCGGCCAAGGGAGAGAUGGCGAAGGAACUGUACGACUAUUUUGUCUCCCGAGUUCGAGACCAGUACCGAGCCGAAAGAGUCAAGGAUGGUGUUUUCCAAGCCAUGAUGCAAGUCAGUCUCGUCAAUGACGGUCCAGUCACGCUUGAAAUCGAUACAAAUCCAGUAAAGAAGGAGUCCGCAGCGAGCACCAAAGAACCGACGCCGAUAUCAACGCCUGCCUCAGAACCCGCCAAUUGA